CGUAGCCAAAAAUAAAAAAUAUAUAUAAAUUAAAAAACAAAAAACAAAUGUUCCGCCACAGGCUUUAAGAUCCUAUGUGAGCUGGUCCCUGCCCACCUCUUCACCUCAUUUCAUCCCACCCUUUCCCUUAACCUUUGUUUUCUACCCACACUGUCCGUUCUGUUUCUGAAACAUGUCAAGCUCUUUCACCUCUAGGACUCUGCAUGUCCUGUUCCCUCUGCCUGGACCACUCUUUCCCAGACCCUUUCCAUCAUCUUGUCAAAUUCCACAUCUUCAGAAAGGCCUUCCCUGGCUUUUUUUUUUUUUUUUUUUUUAAGAUUUUUUUUGAUGUGGACCACUUUUAAAGUCUUUAUUGAAUUUGUUACAAUAUUGCUUCUGUUUUAUGUUUUGGUUUUUUGGCUGCGAGGCAUGUGGGAUCUUAGCUCUGACCAGGGAUCACCUGCACCUCCUGCAUUGGAAGGCGAAGUCUUAACUGCUGGACCACCAGGGAAGUUGCCUUCCCUGGCUUUUUAAAGUUAAGUUGCCCCUCCCUCCACCUACCACCCACCUCCCAGUAAUUCUCUAUUUCUUAACACUGUUUCAUUUUCUUCAUAGCCCUUAUUAUUAUCAGAGAUUAUCUUGUUUCUUUAUUUACCAUCUGUCUCCUUCUAAAACGUAAGCUUCUUGAGGCAGGGACCUUAUCUGGCUUGUCCUCCUCUGCAUUCCUAGCGUUUAGAAUGGUGCCUGGUAUAUAAUAAGUGCUCAAUAAAUAUUUGGCAAAUGGGCGAAUGAACAGGGCAGCCAUGACUGUAGGACAGAGUUGAGUAAGCCAAAGGCCCACCAUGGGGGAGGCACCAGGCCUGGGCUGGGGGAGGGAGUUGCUAGGCUUUUUGUCCUGUUCACUCUGAUUCUCUGCGUGUCUCCCAGGCCAGACUGGGUUCUCUUUGAAGGCAGGCUCCAGGCACCAUGUAAGUAAAGAUGAUACUACAAAUAAUUAGCAACCGGUACCAUCAUGGCAUCCCCAUCAGGACAUGGGAGCCUGUUCUGGAGGCCUCCGUCUGGGCCAGGCAGUCUCCCUUUAGUUGCAGGAUCACAGGGAGGUUGUAGUGUGGACGUGCUCCAGUCCUGAGGACAGUAUCUAUUUACCAGCCGGGACAAAAGUAAUAUUUCAGCAUUUUAACCACCAGUGCCCCUGCCCCACCUCAGGUGAGUGCAGAUGAGCUUCAGUAGGCCCUGCGGAGCGCUGGUUUGAGCACUGCUGCAGGGGCUGCUAGGCUGGUUGGCACUUUCGUGGCCACCCAGGUUACCCCCAGCCCACCGCCCAAGCUGCAGCAAACAUGCAUAUUUCUACAAGAGAAGAGAGGCCCCUAGGCGAAGAGCUGAUCAGAGGCAGGGGAAGGGUGAGAACUCGGGUGACUUUCUGAGGAAGGGCAGGACAGCCAUCGUAGCCUUUUGCAAGCUUUCUUGGCCGAGGUGGGGUGCUUCCUGUCACAUCCUCCCUGCUCUUUCCUGCUAGGGGCUGAUCUCUUCCCAGAGGCUCGGGGGUGGGACUCUCAGCUGGUCCCCCGUGGCUGCCAGGUCAGGCCCAGGCAGGUGAGGACACAUGGGGAAGCACCCGUGAUAUUGGGUACUGGGUGAACUUUCCUUUGCUUCUGCCUCUACAUUCUCCCCAUUGCCACCCCCAUCUCUCCACACCCCUAGUGAUUCCCUGGAAGCUGAAAUGACUCAGGGAUUCUUAGUCAUCCCAACAGGAGAACCCUCUGGAAAAUGUUUCUCAUGGCAGGGAGUCAUCCUGAGGAGACCCACAGCUGCUCCUGAGAUAAGGGUGGAGACUGAGCAAAUGGGAAGAGGUGAGUGGGGACAUGUGGCUCAGAGCGCAAGUUCUGCGUCAGGCCUGCUCAGGCAGGGAGACUGCCCUUCAGGGGUUUCGUUAGAGGAGGUCCUGGUACAGAGGCAGGGGACACCCCAAAGGCCUCUCCUGGAGGGAAUGUCCCACGUAACCCACGUGGGUCCUUUGCGGCAUCAACAAGUGAAACAAGUAGCUUGGAUCACUUCCAGCUCUUUCAAGCACGCUGUCCUGGAUAGGGGCCAAGAUCAAGAGGUCCGGACCCGUGUCAGCCUCUGAGGUUCUGAUUGGUCUGGGAGAGACCCAAGGGAUCCAGCUCUUCUGGAAGGCCCCCUCAAAGCCUCUUCUGCGGUUGGGGGUUGCUCGGGAACACCAAAAGCCACCCUGGGGUCCACGUGCCAGACCUAAGUCUGGACUCUGCACUAAGGUCGGUGAUCAGGAGGACAUCUGAGAAGAAAGGGAAGAGAAGAGACAAGACCAUGGGUGGAGCAGCAGGGAUCGUAGAAAUGAGGCCUCUUGGAGAGAGACCAGGAUGAUGUUCCCUAAUUUUGGGUAACAAGGGAACCAGGGAAAUUCCAAUAAUGCCUGUUCUCAAAGGCAUAGAAUAGCAGGAUACUAUUGCUUUGACCCAUGCCUGGAAAAGUAUAAAGAACAAAGUUUACCCAAUAGGUUAUCGGGCUUACAAUGAUGUUAAUCACAACUUCCGUGAGUCUAGCAUUUAAAUCAGCUUUUGAAAACACUUGCAAGUUUUUUGGGGUUUUCAGUUUUUGUUUUUUUUUUUUUUGCGGUACGCGGGCCUCUCACUGUUGUGGCCUCUCCCGUUGCGGAGCACAGGAUCAGCGGCCGUGGCUCACGGGCCCAGCCGCUCCGUGGCAUGUGGGAUCUUCCUGGACCAGGGCACGAACCCGUGUACCCUGCAUCGGCAGGCGGACUCUCAACAACUGCGCCACCAGGGAAGCCCUUGUUUUGUUUUUUAAUCUCAGGUCACACACUCCAAAAGGUAGUGGAAAAAAAUUUGAAUAAACAAAACAGGUUUGCUGCAGAUAAAACCAGGACUCCUAAACUGCUCCAGUCAACCUGCUUCCACAAGGCCCUGCUGUCAGCCAGCGCGGCGCCCAGGCUGGGGGAGCAGCAUCCGGCAUGUACCAAGUGGUUGCAUUUUUGGCAAUGGUCUUGGGAACCCACACCCUUCAUUUGCGGCCCCAGAAGGGCUGUACCCACUGGCCCAGCUGCUGCCCCAGCAAAGGACAGAACCCCACUGAGGAGUGGCUGAAGUGCAACACUGUGCUCAUGCCUCCCCCAGAGACCACCAGCCUUGCCCACCACCCGGAAUCCUGCAAGGCCAGUGAAGACGGACCCCUCAACAGCCGGUCCAUCGCCCCCUGGAGAUACGAAUGAGUUUGCUGGCCCUUGUCCCCUCCCGAACACCUGCUCAUGUGCUGGUCAGCGUGUGUGCGAGGGACCAGGGGGGUUCCAGACAAUUCCAGCCUACCUGCCCCCCUUUACCUCAGGGAGGUUAUCAAGUUUGGGUGUUAGACAAGGCCUAGCUCUGACUCUUAUUGGGUGACCUUGGGCCAAUCACUCAAGUGUUCAAAGCUUAGUUUUUUUCAUCUGUAAAAUGAAAUAAUAGUCCAUAGGCUAAUGGUGCAGAUCAUAGGAAAUAAGAUAUGAAAAAUCUGUACUUAGUACAGAAAAUGUUGGUUUCUUCCUUUCUUCUUCUUCCUCUACUUCUUCCCCGCCUCCUCUUCCUUCUUCUCCUUCUUCUUCCCCUACAAUGGCUGUGUUUUUCUAACUAAAAUAUCAGAGAAUAAUGUACAAUACAGGCACGAAGAAGCCCAAUACCAAAUGCUACUGCCCUGAGCCAUGAAUGGGUUAUAAUUAUACCCUCCCUCUGCUCUGGGGGGCGCAGCUGGGUGGUUGGAGCCCCAGCCUGGUUAUCUCUGAUCACGAGCAGUCUUAUUCUUUUGCUGUGUGCCACACACAUAAUCCUGUAUUUGUGUCAUGAUGUAAAAUAAAAUAUUAGGAAGCCCUGAAAUUGGGACAAUUAAUAAAAAUAUUAAAAAUUAGUGCCUUAG